CUCACACUGGCCCCCUCUCGCCCUCACUCAGAGCUUGAGCAGGAACCUGUUGUUUCAGGAGCCAGUGACCUUUGAGGACGUGGCUGUGUACUUCACCCAGAACCAAUGGGCCAGCCUGGACUCUGCGCAGAGGGCCCUGUACAGGGAGGUGAUGCUGGAGAAUUAUGCAAACGUGGCUUCCCUGGUGUCUCCAUUCCCCAGACCUGAUCUGAUCUCCCAGCUGGAGAGAGGGGAAGCUCCAUGGGACCCCAAUCCCUGGGAAGCAGAGGAUUUGAGAGGCAUCUGUCCAGGUGAGUAAGGGGACUUAGCACCUUCUGGUUUCGCCUUCCUGCAGCACGCCUCUGCGGGCACAGAGGCCCACGGCAGGCCCGUGGGAGGGCUUCUCACGAACGUGUCUCAGCACUUGGAUUUUGAAAGCAAGGCAGUGUGGCAGACUUUCAGUCUGAAUCCCAAUCUGAUACUCCGAGGCGGCAUGAAGUUCUACAAAUGUAAAGAAUGUGGCAAGAUCUUCCGAUACAACUCAAAGCUCCUUCGGCAUCAGAGAAGCCACACUGGGGAAAAGCCCUUCAGGUGCAAGGAGUGUGGCAAAGCUUUCAAGUCCAGCUACGACUGUAUCGUACACGAGAAAAAUCACAUUGGUCAAGGACCCUAUGAAUGUAAGGAGUGUGGCAAAGGUCUGAGUUCCAACACUGCCUUGACCCAGCACCAGAGGAUCCACACGGGGGAGAAGCCCUACACAUGUAAGGAGUGUGGCAAGGCUUUCCGUCGGAGCGCCGCCUACCUGCAGCACCACAGGCUACACACGGGGGAGAAACUCUAUAAAUGUAAGGAGUGUUGGAAAGGCUUUGGGUGUAGGUCACUUUUUAUCGUCCACCAACGCAUCCACACCGGGGAGAAACCCUACCAGUGUAAGGAGUGUGGGAAGGCGUUCAGCCAGAAGAUCGCCUGCAUUCAGCAUCAGAGAGUUCACACCGGAGAGAAGCCCUAUGAGUGUAAGGUGUGUGGGAAAGCCUUCAAGUGGUACGGCAGCUUUGUUCAGCAUCAGAAAGUGCACCCCGUGGAGAAGAAGCCCAUCAAGGCUCUCGGGCCGCCCCUGCUGCGUCCCCAGGGCCCCUCUGCACCCUUAGCUCCCGGGUGUCUCCAGGGCCCGGGCUCUGCUCCUGCUGUGGCCGUGGCCUUGCCACAUGCCGUCCUCAUUCCUGCCUCCGGGCCCGUGCUCAUGCUGCUGCCCGCCUCUGGGGUUCUUUCGUCCCCUGUCCAAGUAGUUCGUGUCUUCCAGGGUCUUCCUCCUGCUGUGAAGCCUUCCCCAGUUAUUCUGACCUCUUCUCCUCACCCUCCGUGACCUCUGUCUUGGCACUUCUCUGGCUGUUAUAGCAGAUCUCUAACCUACCUUCAGCUUAAUCUGUAGCUUUUACACUGUACCUGUAUUCCUACUAUCUCAGCAUAAACUCCAUUGUAACUGAGAUAUAUUUAAAGACUGUGUUUGUAUAAUAUAUUCUUUUUUCUUCUGGGUAGAAAAUGGAAACACUUGACUUUCAUAUUGGUCCCUUUCAGACUUGAACAGUAAUGGCCAUAUCUGUAUCCUGGGGCUGCUGGUUUGAGAAGUGCUGGUAGGACGCCGUGGUGAAUUAGGCACCUUUGAGAUAGGACAUCCCCAUAUAAGCCCCCUGUGAUGUGAGAGAAGCUGCCUGUGAGAAACAGGCAUGUAAGAUCUGUCAGAGUUUAGAAGUGGCAUCAGCUUCCAACCAGGGCCUUUAAAAAUAAAUGCAGGUGGUUCAGUG